AUGUUAGAUUCUAAGAUGUCGUCGCAAGAUGAAUCUAAACUAGAAAGGGCAACAAGUCAAGACUCUUCUUCUGAAAACCAUUCCAUUAAUGAAUACCACGGGUUUGAUGCCCACACAAGUGAAAACAUUCAGAAUUUGGCCAGAACUUUUACUCAUGAUUCUUUUAAAGAUGAUUCGUCGGCCGGUUUAUUAAAAUACUUAACUCAUAUGUCAGAAGUGCCUGGUGUCAAUCCAUAUGAACAAGAAGAAAUAAAUAAUGAACAAUUGGAUCCAGAUUCAGAAAAUUUUAAUGCCAAAUUUUGGGUCAAAAAUUUAAGGAAAUUGUUUGAAUCCGACCCCGAAUAUUAUAAACCUUCCAAAUUGGGAAUUGGGUACAAAAAUUUAAGAGCAUAUGGUGUUGCUAAUGAUUCAGAUUAUCAACCUACUGUCACUAAUGCUCUUUGGAAAUUAGCCACAGAAGGUCUUAGACAUUUUCAAAAAGAUGACGAGUCUCGGUAUUUUGAUAUUUUGAAAUCAAUGGAUGCUAUCAUGAGACCUGGAGAACUUACUGUUGUUUUGGGUAGACCUGGUGCUGGUUGUUCGACAUUGUUAAAGACCAUUGCUGUAAACACAUAUGGUUUCCACAUUGGUAAAGAGUCCCAAAUUACUUAUGAUGGGUUAUCUCCAAAAGACAUUGAACACCACUAUCGUGGUGAUGUUAUUUAUUCUGCUGAAACCGAUGUUCAUUUCCCACAUUUGAGUGUUGGUGAUACUUUGGAAUUUGCUGCUAGAUUGAGAACUCCACAAAACAGAGGUGAAGGUAUUGAUAGAGAGACUUAUGCCAAACAUAUGGCCAGUGUUUAUAUGGCCACCUAUGGGUUAUCCCACACAAGAAACACUAAUGUUGGUAAUGAUUUUGUCCGUGGUGUUUCUGGUGGUGAGAGAAAAAGAGUAUCAAUUGCUGAAGCUUCGUUAAGUGGUGCUAAUAUCCAAUGUUGGGAUAAUGCCACUAGAGGGUUAGAUUCUGCUACUGCUUUGGAAUUCAUUAGAGCUUUGAAAACAUCAGCAGUUAUUUUAGACACAACUCCAUUGAUUGCUAUUUAUCAAUGUUCUCAAGAUGCUUAUGAUUUGUUUGAUAAAGUUGUUGUUUUAUAUGAAGGUUAUCAAAUUUUCUUUGGUAAAGCCACCAAAGCCAAAGAAUAUUUUGAAAAAAUGGGUUGGAAAUGUCCUCAAAGACAAACCACUGCUGAUUUUUUGACUUCAUUAACUAAUCCAGCUGAAAGAGAACCAUUACCAGGUUAUGAAGAUAAAGUUCCAAGAACUCCUCAAGAAUUUGAAGCUUAUUGGAAGAAUUCUCCAGAAUAUGCUGAAUUAAUCCAGGAAAUUGAUGAAUAUUUUGUUGAAUGUGAGAAAUCAAACACCAGAGAAACUUAUCGUGAAUCUCACGUUGCCAAACAAUCUAAUAAUACCAGACCAGCAUCUCCAUAUACUGUUUCAUUCUUUAUGCAAGUGAGAUAUGGUGUUGCUAGGAAUUUUCUUCGAAUGAAAGGUGAUCCAUCUAUUCCGAUAUUUUCAGUUUUCGGUCAACUUGUAAUGGGUCUUAUUUUGUCAUCAGUUUUCUAUAAUCUUAAUCAAACAACUGGAUCAUUUUAUUAUAGAGGUGCUUCCAUGUUCUUUGCUGUUUUGUUUAAUGCGUUUUCAUCACUUUUGGAAAUUAUGUCACUUUUCGAGGCCAGACCAAUUGUCGAGAAACAUAAAAAAUAUGCUCUUUAUCGCCCUUCUGCUGAUGCAUUGGCCAGUAUUAUAAGUGAAUUACCCGUCAAAUUAGCAAUGUCAAUGUCAUUUAACUUUGUGUUUUAUUUCAUGGUUAAUUUCAGGAGAAACCCAGGAAGAUUCUUUUUCUAUUGGUUAAUGUGUGUUUGGUGUACAUUUGUUAUGUCCCAUUUGUUUAGAUCCAUUGGUGCUGUUUCAACAUCUAUUGCUGGUGCUAUGACCCCUGCUACUGUGUUGUUAUUGGCUAUGGUUAUUUACACUGGGUUCGUUAUCCCAACUCCAAGUAUGUUGGGUUGGUCAAGAUGGAUUAAUUACAUCAAUCCUGUUGGUUAUGUGUUUGAAGCGCUCAUGGUUAAUGAGUUCCAUGGUCGUGAAUUCCAAUGUGCUCAAUAUGUUCCAAGUGGCCCAGGUUUUGAAAAUGUAUCACGUUCGAAUCAAGUGUGUACUGCAGUUGGGUCUAUUCCAGGUAAUGAAAUGGUUAGUGGUACCAAUUAUUUGGCUGGUGCUUACCAAUAG